AUGACCAUUUCUCCAGCCUCCGGCAUCAGGCAACGCCGAGGCUUCAAGGCCUGGUUCAUGCAGCAAGCCGAGGUCAUGAACAAGAUCAUCGAUCAUCUUUUCUCACUGAAGGUCAUCGGGAAUCCAUGGGUGGCGUACACAGAUAAAAAUUUCAGUGGUGAACCAACUGCCUACAAGGAAGGAGAAUAUAGUAGCGUGUACUACAAUAAGGCUAUUUCCUUACUUGAGCUGGUGACCGAGGACCUGGAUAAUCCUCAGAUUACACUGUAUGAAAAAAGAAACCACCAGGGCAAGAGCCUUGUUUUCAACUGUGAUACCAGCUUGCUUUAUGGCACUUUUAAUGAUAAAGCAUCCUCUCACAAAGUGCAGAGAGGAGCCUGGGUUUUGUAUCAGCAUAAGAACAAGGGAGGAUCUUGCAUGGUAGCCAAGGCUGGUCGUGAUCUGGCUAACUACGGCUGGUUCAAUGACCGUGUGACCCACAUCCGUCCUCUUAAAGCGGGCAGACCCACCAUUAAAGCUGAAGUUGAAUGGGACAAAAAGAAAGAACAUGUGAAAACAGUUAACCUUGACUCCCUCACUGGUGUGAAUUAUGGAUCAGAGAAACAAACCUUCACCACUGAGAUGAUUCGAGAGUAUUCAGGAUCCGUCACUGAGAGCUUCAACUUUAGCAAUUCCACACAGAUUAGUGUGGGAACCAAAAUUGAAGUUACACUGUUUGGUGCCAAAGCAGAGAACAACAUAAAUAUCGAUAACACCUUUACCGUGGAGAAGGGUCACAGCGAAACCAAAACCACAACUAACAGUGUUAAAGUCCCUUUGCCAGCCAGCAUUCCUCCUCACACCAAGCUCACGGUGAAUAUCGUGAGGAAGCAGGUGUCUGUUACGGUUCCAGUUAAGCUGACCAUCACCACCGGCUUUACCUCUAAGGUUGAGUAUGGAGAGUACAGGUGUGAGGAUGGGAAUUCUAUUUACGCUGAAUACAAGGAGGAGAAGAUCUAGUACAGCUAUGU